AUGGAAGAGACUGGUGAAGGUGCUGGUGGGCUCUACCUGAGUCAGCCCGAUAGCUUCAGAUCUAGUCAUCUGUUUUUGCGACUCCCUGGGGUCAUCCGGGGUCCGGCUGAGACGCAGUUGUCCAUCUCCGUUCUCAGCCUGGUGGUCUCUGCCCUCUCGCUAGCCGGGCCCAGGCUUCCCACAGAUCCACUCCUCAAGGGGGGCUCCAGCUUGUCCUUCCUGGACGGGUUUCACGCUGACCACUGCUGGCGCACCCCCCGAUGCGCCAGCCCCCGUCCGGCGUGCUUUAUCGUGGCCGUCACGGCCUACGACCGCUUCGUGACCCCCCCGCCGCCCAUUCCCCUACCUGCUACUCUUGGCGGACAGCCAGUCCGGGGCAUCCUCCCCAUCGCGGACAAGAGGGUCUUGGAGGCUUACGCCACGGUCAGCCCCCUGGUCAGCCCCCUGAUCUACAGCUUCCACGACAAGGACAUCAUGGGAGCCCUGAGCAGAGUCCUGGGAGAAGAUCAAGUGACCCAGCAGAGGAGAGGCCUGGUUGGCGAGGUCCGAGGAUCCGAGGCCAAAAUGGCAGGGAGCCCAAGAGCCGCUAGCGCCUCCAUCCCGCCGCUCCUGCUGCUGUGGGCCUCCCCGGCCCUGCUCCCCACCGGGGCCUGGCUCUCUCCCAACUGCACCGUGGUGGAAGGCGCCCAGCUGCCUCGCGUCGCCCGCUACUUCUCCCUCUGCCCGGUGGACACCGGCCUGCGCCUGCUGGCGUCUUGCUACUCCGUGACCAGCCUGGCCCGGGCCUUGGAGGCCGUGCCCCCCGGCGUGGAAGGGCUCUGCCUGGGGGGCUCCGUGCCCGUCCUACCCCCUGACGCCUUCGCCAACUUCUCCAGCCUGCAGAUGCUGGGGCUGAUCCUGCAGGUCACCAGGGUCCCGCCGGACGCCUUCCGGGGCUUGGGGCGCCUGCGACACCUCGCCUUCAUCCGCAGAUCGGACAGGGAGGAGCCUUUCCUCCUGCCUCCCGGUGCCCUGGGGCCCCUGGACUCCCUCAGCGUUCUCUCCUUCAGCGGCAUCUGCCUCAACCAGAGUCAGGACGUCCAGCUCCCCGCCGGCCUCCGGCAGCUGACGGUCACCUUCGGUUGCCUGACGGGGCUGGAGGGGCUGACCAGGAUCUUUCCGGGGCUGACGUCGGGUCCGUCCUCCUUGGGGCCCGUCUCUCUGGACAAGCUGGACGUGUCUAACAACGUCCGGCUGAGCGGGGUGGCUUCCGGGGCCCUGCGGGGGCUCCGGCUGGGGACGCUGCAGCUGGAUGGCACCAUGAUGGCGGCCUCCGACCUGCUGGGCUCGGGGCUGGCCGGGCUGGAGGCCCUCUCCCUGGGCCACGGUCAGAUGGUCGUCCCCCCGGGGGAAGCGGUUGCCCGCUUUGCUCUGCGGGGCCUGGAGCUGCCGUGGAACAAGGUGGGUCACCUGACCGGAGAGACCCUGACCCACUGGGCCUCCUUGCGGAGCCUGAACCUCCACUCCAACAGCCUGGAAGAGCUGCCCCCCGGCCUCCUGGCCGUCCUGCUCCAGCUCCAGCGCCUCGAUCUGUCCAACAACCUGCUGCACCGGGUCACCCCGUGCCCGGGGGCCGCGGGGGCGGCCGGCGGGUCGGAGCUGCGGGAGCUGGACCUGUCCUACAACCAGCUGCGGGUCCUGCCGCCCGCAGCCUUCUCCUGCCUGGCCCGACUCCGGGAGCUCCGGCUCCGGGGCAACCGGCUGGCCCGGCUGGGCGGCCGGGCGCUUCAGGGGCUGGGCCGGCUGGAGGUCCUGAAUCUCAACGGGAACCCGCUGGGGGCCUUGGAGAAGGGUUGGCUGGCCCCGCUGGCCUCCCUGAAGGCCCUGAGCCUGACGGGCGGCCAGCUGGCCUCCGUCCAAGGCUGGCGUUUCCGGGGCCCGACGGGGCUGACCGGCCUGCAGCUGGACUUGACCUCGGGCCCGGGGAAGCUGGCCCUGCCCCGGAGCCCUGCUCUGCGUAGCCUCGAGAUCCAGGCCGGGGACGAGCUGGUGCUGCGCUCCCCACCCCCGGACCCCUACCCUGCCCUGGAGACCCUGGUCCUCCAAGGCUCGGGGUUGCGGCUGGAGCACCCCAACGUCUCCUCUGCCUUCCCCGCCCUCCGCCGCCUGGCCCUGCUCCACGUGGACCCCCGGCACUUCUGCUCCCCCGGGGCCUCGGGCUCGUCCCUGUUGCGACUCCCGCUCCUGGAGAGCCUGCUGGUGCGCUGCCCCGGGGUCUGCCGGGUCUCCGGCCCGCCCGGCCUGCGGGCGCUGGAGCUGGAGACGUCGCCGACCCCGUCCCGGCCGCGGCCCCGGGCGCUCCAGGCGUUCCUCGGAGAGUUACCCCGGCUGGAAGUGCUGACUCUGAAGGGGAAAGGGGUGGGGGCCCUCUCCGCCGCCGGUUUCCGGGGCCUGGGCCGCUUGCGGGUGCUGGUGCUGGACGACACGGCCGUCCUGGUGCUAGACAGCAGCCUCCGGGAGGAGAGCCCCCAGCUGCCCCAGUACAUCUACUUCCUCAACGUGUUCCUCGCUUGCCAGUGUGCCAACUCGUGGGUGGGGCCCUGGGCGGCGGGGGUCCCGGGCACCUACGUGCACUUCAAGACCCAGGCGUGCGAAUCCGAGGCCGGCCCGUCCCCCAAGUCCCGGCUGUUCUCCUUUCUCCAGAGCCACUGUCCUCAGGGCCUGGAGCUGGAGCUCUUCCUGGCCAGCUCGGGCCUGCUGCUCCUGCUGGGUUCCCUGCCCCUCCUCUGGGGAGCCGGGAGCUCCUGGGUCCUCCACCUCCGGACCCUGCUGCGGGCCAGAUGGCGCGGGCCCGGGGCCCGGCGGGGCGAGGGCCGGCCGUUCCGAUACGACGCUUUCGUGUCCCACUGCGGGCGGGACCAGGCCUGGGUGGUCGGCCGGCUGCUCCCGGCCCUGGAGGGGGCCCCGCCGGGCACCGGGGGCCUACGGCUCUGCCUGCCCGAGCGGGACUUCGAGCCGGGGCGGGACGAGGCGGGCAACACCGCCGACGGGCUGGCGGCCAGCCGGGCCGUGCUGUGCGUGCUCAGCCCCCAAGCCCUGGGCGACCCUUGGUGCCUGCUGCAGCUGCGGCUGGCCACCGCCCGCCUGCUGGCCAACCCCGGGGACUUCUGCCUCCUGCUGCUCUUCCUGGAGCCCGUCUCCCGCCACCGGCUCCCCGACUACCACCGGCUGGCCCGCCUGCUCCGGACCAGGGACUGCCUGGACUGGCCCGGGGAGGAAGCCAAGAGGGAGGCUUUCUGGGAGCGUCUGAGGAAGAGGCUAGGGAGUCUGCGGCCAAGGGGCGGCCGAGGGGGAGAGGAGUGA